AUGUCAGGUGGGUCGAAAGUUCAUAACUGCCGGCGCACAGACGACUUUGUACCUGCCAAUCCCAGCGGCAGAACAUCAGCCAAAAAAGCAAAAGUUAGGUUUGAGGUAGACCAAAAGGAGGAAUGCCCUGUGCCUAGGAUAGCCUCCAUAUCCAAGGCAUUGGAAAACGCUCCCGUACAGCCAGCCGAUAGGCGCGGCUUCGAAAUCGCUAUAAUAUGUGCUUUACCUUUGGAGGCCAACGCCGUCGAGAGCUUGUUCGAUGUGCGGUGGGAUGCCGACAGGGAUGUCUACGGUAAAGCUUCAACGGACCCAAACGCAUACUCUACAGGAGUUAUUGGACAUCACAAUGUUGUUUUGGCCCAUAUGCCGGGAAUGGGAAACGCUGCAGCAGCAAGCGCAGCAGCUCAUUGUCGAUCUAGCUUCGAAGGAAUCAAACUGGGGUUUGUCGUUGGUGUAUGCGGUGGCGUACCUUUCACAAAAGACCGUGAGGAAAUUGUGCUUGGGGAUGUGGUAAUUAGUCUUGGAAUCGUUCAGCAUGACCUCAAGAGGGAGUACCCUGAUAAAUCCGUGAGGAAACAAUCUAUGCUAGACACCCUAGGUCGCAACAAUGCCGAAAUAAGAUCACUCUUGUCUAAGUUACGAGCUCAAAGAAAUAGGAAAAGGCUCCAGGAAAGAACCGCUCAUUACCUUUCAGCUUUAGAAGAUGAAUUCGGUGAGCUAGCCUCUUAUCCCGGGGUACUUGAGGACAAGCUGUUCGAACCGCAUUAUCGACAUAAACAUCAGACUCAGUCAGAUUGCCAGAUAUGCGGCAAUCAUAACCAGAUAAACGAUCCGGUAUGCGAGGCAGCGGUGCAUCUAAGCUGUAAUGACCUUGGAUGCGAUAGAGGCAAACGGGUCUCUCGGGCCCGGCUAGACAAUACUAGCCAAUCCGGUGCGCACAUACCUGCAAUCCAUUUCAGACUAAUUGCAUCGGGGGAUACGGUAAUGAAAUCCGGCUCUGAAAGGGAUGAAAUUGCGGCAAAGGAAGACGUAAUUGCGUUUGAGAUGGAGGGAGCGGGCGUAUGGGACAACUUACCAUGCUUGGUUAUCAAGGGGGUUUGCGAUUACGCUGAUAGCCACAAAAGUAAGAAAUGGCAGAAUUACGCAGCAGCAACCGCGGCGGCUUGUACAAAGGCUUUCUUAGAUCACUGGCCUAAGCCUACUCGGGCAGCGGUUUCGUGA